CCUUGUAAUAGAGGACAGCCGCUGCGAUCAGCUGACGCCAUCAAUACAACCUUCGCGUCCACUGCAUCAGUUUCGAUGUCGCCCUUAUAUCACCUGACAACAGCAACAAAAUCUUCACGCAAACGGAAGAUACAUAAUAGAUAAAAUGCAUCAAGUCUAGCAAAAAUAAUAUUCAAGCCUUGCUAGCCAUCAAAAUUAACGCUCCAUUGUGAACAUCUCUCAACAUUAGCAGUCGUGCAGGCACCGAGAGGAGAAAACCUUCACGCAAAGUGUACAUAUCACAGGGGAGUUGUGGCCAGAGUUUGUCGACGGUUCCUUCUUCGCACUGAGAUGUGCAGUGUUGCCACCUCCCAGUAUCAUCGAGAACCAGUACCAUCAUGCUCCAGCAAAUCUUCAAAGAGUAUUUCAGCUGCUUCAUAAAAUAGCUGUAAAGUGCUCCUCUUUUUAUAUAAUGGUCUCCCUUCUGACACUACUUCUAUUCAGCUUUGUUCAUUAGGUCUUCUUGUUUAUAGUUAAUUCUCAGUCUAGUGUCCCAAAAUAAAUUAUAAAUAUCAGUUAAAAUAUAAAAAAGAUCAUACACAAGUGGAACCACAUAAUUUAUCAGUGUGCUUGAAUAACCUGAGUAAUAUAAUUUAUUUUGUAACAGGAGGAGUACCAUAUUGGCAGAAAGAGGUAUCUAAAUCCAUUCCACAAAAAUUACAAUAAAACACUUGAAUUAUAUAAGUGAAAACACAUUGGUAUUCAGUGUGUAAACAAAAUUUCUAUGGUAAAUCUUGUCCAAUAACACAUUCAAGUGGUUCAUCUUUAAACAAAUUAAGACUAAUUAGAUAUAUAAUAAUAUUAGCAUUCUUAAGGAGAGAAAACAUAUAGUGCUUAAUAUAGUGUCAAUACUUGUCAAUAAAGUGCUUAAAUUAAAACACAUGAAAGUUAAUGCCAAAAAGAAGCAGUAUCAGUGUCCAGAGUGUCUAAAGGCUUUUAAACGCAAUUCCCAUCUGGUACAACAUAUGACUGUUCAUACUGGAGAAAAACCAUACAAGUGUUCAAUAUGUUUAAAAGAUUUUUCACGAAAAGCAAAUCUAGAAAAACAUAUGCGUGUUCAUACUGGAGAAAAACCGUAUCAGUGUAUAGUGUGUUUCAGUGUCUUUAAAGAUAAAUCAACUCUAGUAAAACAUAUGAGAGUUCAUACAGGAGAGAAACCAUACAAAUGUCAACAGUGUCUAAAAGACUUUUCACAAAACUCUAAUCUAGUAAAACAUAUGAGAGUUCAUACAGGAAAAAAGCCAUAUCAAUGUUCAGUGUGUGUAAAGGUUUUUGCUCAAAAUUCACAUUUAGUUCAACAUAUGAGAAUUCAUACAGGUGAAAAGCCAUAUCAGUGCUCAGAGUGUCUGAAAGUUUUUGCUCAAAAUUCACAUCUAGUUCAACAUAUGAGAGUUCACUCAGGAGAGAAACCUUAUCAGUGUUCAGUGUGUUUAAAAGAUUUUUCAGAUAAAUCAGCUCUAUUACUUCAUAUGAGAGUUCAUACAGGGGAAAAACCUUAUCACUGUUCAGAAUGCCAAAAAAACUUCAAACAAAAUUCGCAUCUAGUACAUCAUAUGCGAGUUCAUACAAGAGAAAAACCAUACAAGUGUUUAGAAUGUCUAAAAGGUUUUACAAGUAAAUCAGUUCUAGUUCAACAUAUGAGAGUCCAUACAGGAGAGAAACCAUUUCAAUGUUCAGAAUGUCUAAAAAGUUUUUCAAAUAAAUCCUUUUUAGUAAAACAUAUGAGAGUUCACACAGGAGAGAAACCAUACCAGUGUUCAGAGUGUUUAAAAUAUUUUUCACAAAGAUCAAAUCUAGUAAAACACAUGAGUGUUCAUGCAAGGAAAAUAUAUCAGUCUUCAGCUAGUGUAAAUGAUUUGUCAACAAAUUCAAUUAUUUUAAAACAUAUAAGAAUUCAUACACAAGAUGAAGUGUAAAUGCUCAUUGUUAUUUUAAAGACUAAUGUCAUGAUAUAUUUUUUAAAUGUAAACUUAAAUAAUAUAUAUACCAUUUCUUCCAAUAUUUUAUUUUAUUACAAUCUGUU